AUGAGGAUUGUACAGUUCAGAAGAAACCGUCUAUUCCACGUACUAAUUGGUAGCAUAGUUGUACUACUAGUUUUAUAUAUUCUUUUUGACUUUUCCUCAGACAAUCAUAUAAACAACAUAAAAGAAUACUGGGCACAAGGUCUUAGUAAGAAACAGGCUACAGUUUUUGUAGAAGGUUUAGGAAAUUUUGAACCACGUGAUACAUCAUUUAAAGCUGGUCCUGGAGAGGGAGGUAAACCACAUAUUUUAAGGGAAGAUCAGCAAAAUGAUGUUCAACAAUCUGAAUCUGAUUAUGGUAUGAACAUGGUAUGUUCUGAUGAAAUUUCAAUGUCUAGAUCAAUACCUGACACUAGGCCAGCAGAAUGUAAACAUUGGAACUAUCCAGAGGAAUUACCGCGUACUAGUGUUAUUAUAGUAUUUCACAAUGAAGGUUGGUCUGUUUUACUGCGAACUAUUCAUAGUGUCAUAAAUCGUACUCCUUCAAAGUUCUUGGAAGAAGUUCUUCUUGUUGAUGAUUUCUCCGAUAAAGAAAAUUUAAAAGAUGACUUAGAUUCUUAUAUUGAGCAAUGGGGAGGUAAAGUUAGAUUAUUAAGAAACUAUGAGAGACAAGGCUUGAUACGAACACGUUCUCGAGGAGCACGUGAGGCCAAGGGUGAAGUAAUAGUAUUUUUAGAUGCCCAUUGUGAAGUCAAUGUGAAUUGGUUACCUCCACUUUUAGCACCAAUUGCUGAAAAUAGAAAUGUAAUGACAGUUCCUGUGAUAGAUGGCAUUGAUCAUAAGACUUUUGAAUAUCGUCCUGUAUAUCAAGAAGGACAUUUAUACAGAGGAAUUUUUGAGUGGGGCAUGUUGUACAAAGAGAAUGAAUUACCUAGGCGUGAAGCGAAAACACGCUCGCACGAUAGCAUGCCAUACAAGUCACCUACACACGCCGGUGGCUUGUUCGCGAUAAAUCGACAAUACUUUUUAUCUCUGGGUGGAUACGACGAAGGAUUGCUUGUCUGGGGUGGCGAAAAUUUCGAACUGUCAUUCAAAAUAUGGCAAUGCGGCGGUACUAUUCUGUGGGUGCCUUGCUCGCAUGUUGGUCACGUUUAUCGAGGUUUCAUGCCUUAUACAUUUGGUAAACUCGCUCAAAAGAAGAAAGGACCAUUGAUAACUAUCAAUUACAAACGAGUUAUAGAAACAUGGUUCGACGAGAAGCACAAAGAAUUCUUUUAUACCAGAGAACCUUUGGCUCGAUUUCUUGAUCAUGGCGAUAUAUCCGAGCAGUUAAUGUUCAAAGAACGAAGAAAAUGUAAGAGCUUCCAAUGGUACAUGGAUAAUGUAGCAUAUGAUGUUCUAGACAAAUUUCCAGAAUUGCCACCAAAUAUUCACUGGGGAGAGUUGCAAAAUGUGGCAACUAAAUCGUGUUUGGACACUAUGGGCCAUGCACCACCAAGUCUUAUGGCUACUUCCCACUGUCAUGGUUUUGGAAACAAUCAGCUUAUGAGACUGAAUGCAAAGGGUCAAUUAGGAGUUGGUGAAAGAUGUGUUGAAGCAGAUGGUCAAGGUGUAAAGUAUGCAUUUUGUCGUUUAGGAACUGCGGAUGGCCCGUGGCAGUAUGACGAAAAAACAAAAACUCUCUUACACAGAGUACACAAGAAGUGUAUGGCACUUCAUCCUCAAACUCAACAAUUAUCUUUGAUGCCAUGUGACAUCAACAAUUCCUAUCAGCAGUGGAUCUUCCGUCAAGUACAUCCACAAUGGUAACGUGGAAAAGAAAUUCAAACAUCUUGAAACUUGUAAAUUAUUUGAUUGUUGAACUUUGUAAAUUAUUACUUUUCAAUUUAUAAAUUAUUUGAUAAAUUGUGCACAAAUUUGCAAAAAGUGUAAAAUUUCUUUUUAAUAAUGUGCAAGUUGAUUUUGUAUAUGAGUGCACAUAUGUACACAGGAUAUAAUAUGAAAUGUAUCCACUUCAGAGAUGGAUUUAAAAAAGUCAAAAAGUUUAUAUAAUUUUAUGUCUGAUUUUGUUCCUGAGCUAUGUUUCACUAAUUCAUUUAACAUAUUGAGUUAAUAUAUUUAAUACUGUUUGACUGUUUGCAAUAAAUAUUGACUUUGUUGGUUAUAGUCUAAAUAACUU